AAUGAUAAUGCACGGACAACAAACACCCAAGCAUCUGACGGCAUCCUCAGGAAUAACAGCAUCACCAAUCCGGGUCAUUCGACAAAGUGACAGGAAGAUUCUGAUUCCCUUCCGUUUGUGAUGGAGGGUUCUGGUCGCUUUCACUGACAGCGGUUCGCUUCAGCUGUAAUCGCCUGCAGCCGCCUCCUGGAAGGAUUCAACAUGCUGCGAGAGAACUUUAAGGCAUGGAGCAACGGCUCGGAAGCUUACAGCAGUGAUCCCGAGGAGGACGAGGAGGAGGAAGAGGACAUGGUGUUUGGGGAGAGCGACCAGGAUGGCAUGUCGGCGGAGAUGAUGGACCUGAGUGACCUUCCUACAGCACUCUUUGCAUGCAGCAUCCAUGACGUCGUGUUUGAACAGGACGUGCACAGGGAGAGGUUUGAAGCGCUGUUCAGGAUCUACGAUGACCAGGUCACUUUCCAGUUGUUCAAAAGCUUCAGGAGAGUCCGGAUCAACUUCAGCACCCCAGAGGCAGCUGCCCGCGCCCGCAUUGAGCUGCACGAGUCCGAGUUCAACGGCAAGAAGCUAAAACUCUACUUUGCUCAAAUUCAGAACGGCGACAAGGACAUCGACAAGUCGUACCUGGCACCUCCCCAGCCAGUUAAACAGUUUCUGAUCUCGCCACCCGCCUCUCCACCUGUGGGCUGGAGUCAGAGCGAAGACGCCACGCCUGUUAUCAACUACGACCUGCUGUGUGCUGUGGCUAAGCUAGGACCUGGUGAAAAGUAUGAGCUCCACGCAGGAACAGAGUCCACCCCCAGCGUGGUUGUCCACGUUUGCGAGAGUGAGACGGAGGACGACGAGGCGGUGCGGCCAAAGCAGCAGAUCGUUCAGACCAGACGUCCUGACGGGCCUCCUGCGGUCCUCAACUAAAGGGGACCCCCACCCCCCCGCCUCCUCGGCCACCCGACAGCGGUGCGGCGCCCCCGACCGCCCCUUUAAAACCCGUGACACACCUGCCCUCUCUCUCUCUCUCUCGUCUCUGCACUCACAGAGAGCGUCGACGCCCCUCAUUUCAGUUCAACUACAAGCGAAAAACAAACCAACGAACAUUGCUUCGAAAGACGGCGUUUGUGGGUAGCGUGGCGAUGGAAUGAGGCGGCUGGAAGGGAAUGGAUGAGAACCACACACACAAACACUCAUCACAUUCUGCGGACAGCGUGGGGAGUGGUGGGCGCGCUUGCCUCCCACCCACCAAACUUUCCCCGCCUUGGUUUUCAGCAACAGGGGGUGAACAUACCUGUCCGAACACAGGCACCUGUCACGUAUCACUCUCAGCUUUCAUUGCCCGUACUGCUCAGAUGCUUACUUGUCCGUUACCUUGUUAGCUGAACCCCCUCCCUUCAUAUUACAGUCAUCUGUACUAUGAUCAUCCCGGACCAUCUCCACACAUAAACAUUUUUCCUUUCAGAUAUGGUAGACUUUCUUUUUCUCUUGUUUUCUGCUGUCUUGCAUCAGGACCGAGUGUGUGAUGUUGCCGCUGUUCUCUGCAUGUAUAUACUCUGUUACGAAAAAUAUGUACUGAAACGCAAAUACUAACAAGUCAUAUGAAGAAAAAGGAACCUAUUUAACGUCACACACAGCACGAAGCGCCAUAUAUGACUAACAAAGAUGCGCUGGUUGUUUAACUUUCUUUAUUUCUGCUUCUUUUGUCUUCUUUUUUUUGAAAGAUGUUUUUUGCUAUCUAGAUGUAUGUUCAUACUAUUUGAUACCCCAACACGUUUUGCAUGCUUAGUUACUUCUGUAGACGAGAAGCUGAGGUGUUUUUUCAUUGUUUGUGAAGGCAAAGAAUUGUUGUUCAGUCGAGUCUUUAGCUUGACGGCGGGUUUUAUUUAAACUUGAUGGAUUGGAAAACAGUUCAUCCCUCCUCCUUUUCUUCAAGGGUUUUUGUGAUAUUUGUCUCUUUUUUUUAAAGUGUAUUUUCACAUCCCUUUCGUUCAGUUUCUGCCCGUCAGGUUUUCCCCAGAGCUGACAAACUUGCUUGUUUUGCACUGAGAAUCUCUCUCUCUCUCUCUUGGUGAUUGUGGGAUGAAUUAACCGACUUGUGCUGCUUCCCGCUGUGUAAAUACGUUGAAAUGGUUUCUCUGAAUCUUUUUGCAGCCGACUGAGGGGAAAAAAGGGGGAGGAAACGAGAUGAGCGACCAAAGCAUUUAUUCGCCUCCCGUCGGCGUCUCAAUAAAACAAAUAUUUAGUGUUUUCUCAUUUUAUAUCAACAAUUUGUUGCAUUUUUCACCUUCUUGUUUAACGAGAUGAGGAAAUAUGAAUAACUGCUUUGAACAGGUGUCUGAAUUUUACAUCAUUUGGCAGCUUAAUAUCUAACCAUUUUUUGGCUGUAUAAUUUUAUUGAGAAAAGGACAUGUCUGUGUGUAUGCAAGUGCUCUACUGUGAGUGUUUUCUUUAUUCGAGGCAAAGCUUUUAUCUCAAGCUCAGCACCUGGUCAGCCUUUUUCACCAGCACAUUAUAUUGCAGCGAGUGAAACACUCCAGUGAACCCUUUAGGCCUUUUGGAUCUAUAGGAGUGUGCUGCUGGGAUGCAUGUUCACAUGAGGGUUGAAGAGAGGUAGGACAGCACAGCAGAAGGAAAACAAAAAUCUUUUUUAUUUUUUUGUGUUUGUCGACUUUAAACGUCUUUUUUUUUUUUUCGAGAAACGGUUCUGCGACAGUGGACUUUUUACUGGCGCUGAGGUGAAGCCAAUGCAGUUUGAUGAUUCAAAGGAAAAAGAAGCAUCAGAGCAUGAGGAAACAUUUCUUUGUUUAUUUUUACUCUGUGAUCAUGAAGAUUAAAACUGGUGCACUUUGGUCACAGGUGAGAAGAAGAUGUAUAUUUAUGUACAUAUGCCAAGUGUUUUCUUUCUUUUCUUGCUGAGGCCAGUCUCAGUGUGCAGUUUGUUACAGCUUUCCUUGGCUUGAUGUAAUGGGGGAAAUGUAAAAAAAAAAAAAAACGUAUCCUGAAGAUGCUCGAUCAAAACCAACUGUCUUGGUGUUGUUGUUCGACAUUGACUCGGUUUGAAUGUUUCAUUUAUUUCUGGGAAACUUAAAUAGCUCAAUUAAUACCGUUAAUACUGUCACUGUUGUAAUGUUUCUGUUGAGAUCUGAAUAUCGUGUCUGAAUAUCGUAGAAAUCCAGAAAACAACGUAGCAAAAACAAGCAAUAAUUUACAGUUGUAUAAUACCAGUAUGUGUAUUUUACAUGUUCUGUACCUAUUUCUCAGACAUGGUCUCUCUGUCUCUGACGGUUAUCUGCUUCUAUUUGUGUAGUAAGAAUGUCAUUUGUUUCACAUAGAGAAAUACAUAAAGACUCAUUUUUAAAAGCCA